GCGCUGGUGGCCGGGCUGCUGGUUGUGCUGCUGCUGCUCGCCGCCCGCCUGCGGGGCCCCGCCGAGCCCGCAGAGGAGGAACACCAGCGAGAUGUGGCAGCAGCAGUGGCCAGGCCUCGGCCUCAUGCCGAGGAGCGCGGCGAAGGUAUGCCCAGGCGCCGGAGGAACAUGGGGACCAGGAUGCUGGCUGAGAGGAGAGCGCAGCAGGUGGACAACUGGGCAGAUGAGGAGGAGGAUGGAGAUGAGGCUCCGGAGGUUCAGGUCUCUGGGAAGAUUGGAGCAAAGAAACAGAGGAAGUUAGAGGAGAAACAAGCCCGAAAAGCACAGCGGGAGGCUGAAGAAGCAGAGCGUGAGGAGCGGAAAAAACUCGAGUCAAAGAGAGAGGAGGAAAGACGGAAAGAAGAGGAGAAAUUGCGUCUCGAGGAAGAGAGACAGGAAGAGGAAAAGAAGAAGGCCAAAGAGGAGGAGGAACAGAGGGAGUAUGAAGAAUACCUGAAGCUGAAGGAGAGUUUUAUUGUGGAAGAGGAAGGUGUUGAAGAAGCAAUGACUGAAGAAGAGUCUCAUAGCUUUCUAAUGGAAUUUCUCAGCUACAUCAAGGUAAGCCACCAUUCCUUUUUUUUCCCUCUCUUUCUCUGUCUCAUUUCUUUGCUUUGUAUUUAUUAUGUCACCUUUUAUCUUGUAGGUGUUAUCGAUGACCGAGGAAAGUUCAUCUACAUCACCCCAGAGGAGAUGGCCGCUGUGGCUCAAUACAUCAGACAGAGAGGACGAGUCUCCAUUGCUGAACUGGCCCAAGCAAGCGAUUCCUUGAUCAACCUGCAGCCUGACAGCAAAGCAGUAACUCAGACUGUGGCAUGAGGAUACAUCCCACGGUGUGGGAAGACACAGCCAUGUUGGCCUUUAAAAAAAAAA